AUGCCUGUGUAUCUAACUCGUUUCAAUGGGAUUGAAACUGAAGAUACAGCAGAUGCACCCGGCGUGACCCUUCUGGACCAGGUGUUCGACCUAAUGGCAGCCUGGGCCCGAGUGGUAAUGGCUUCUGUCCUGGUUUAUUUCAUCCCGCUUCCUGGAGCCAGAUGCGAGGAGAACUGUGUCAACGCUGAACAUUGUCUGUCCACCGACUGGGUGCAUCUCUGGUAUAUAUGGUUGCUGGUGGUGGUGGGCGCAUUGCUUCUCCUGUGCGGCCUGACUUCUGUAUGCUUCCGCUGCUGUCUGAGCCGCCCGGAAAAUGGGGAAGAUGGGACCCCAUCACCCUAUGAAGUGACCGUCAUUGCUUUUGACCAUGACAGCACUCUCCAGAGUACCAUCACAUCCCUUCAGUCUGUGUUUGGCCCUGCAGCUCGGAGAAUACUGGCCGUGACCCACGCACACAGCUCUCUGGGCCAGCUGCACUCCUCUCUGGACACACUUCCAGGCUAUGAGGAAGCUCUUGGCAUGAGCCGUUUCACAGUGGCAAGGUGUGGGCAGAAAGCGCCUGACUUACCCUCGGUACCAGAGGAGAAGCAGCUGCCUCCCACAGGGAAGGACUCUUCUCUGACAGAACUCCCAUCACAAUGA